CCCCUCCCUCCCUCCCUCAUCCGCGGAGCGCGCGCGCCAUGGACGUGAAGCGGCUGAAGGUGACGGAGCUGCGGGCCGAGCUCGGGCGGCGGGGCCUGGAUUCGCGAGGCCUCAAACUCGACCUGGUCCAGCGGCUCCAGGAGGCCCUCGACGCCGAGAUGCUGGCCGCCGGGCCUGAAGAAGCGGGCGCCGAGCCUGGGGCGGCCGGCGGCGGCGGGCAAAGCCUCACCAGGGCCCGCCUGGGCGUUGAGGGGGACGACGACGACGACGAGGAGGAGGAGGAAGAGGAGGAGGAGGAAGAAGAAGAAGACGACGAGGACGACGAGGAGGAAGACGAGGAGGCCCUGCUGGCGGAUGAAGAGGAGCAGCCCCCGCAGAAGCAGCAGCCUGAGGCGGCGGCGGCGGCGGCGGCGGCGUCCGCAACGACGACGACGGCGGCGUCCGGCGGCGAGCAGGCCCAAACCGAGCCCGCAGAAGGCCCCGCGCAGCCCGGAGGGGUCAACGGCGCCCAGAGGGCCGCCGAAGCCGGCGAGGAGGCCUCGGGGGCGGCGGCGGCCGGGGGUUCGGCCAGCGGAGAGGCCGAGCAAGGCGGCGACCAGGAAGGAAAUGAGGAUGAGAAGGCAAAACAGGCUGGGCCGGAUGGUGAACGCCACGGCCUCAAAAGACAGCGCGAUGAGAAGGAAGAGCAUGGUCGUGCUUAUUUUGAGUUUCGAGAGGAGGCUUAUAACAGCCGAUCUAAGUCACCACCACCCCCAGAAGAGGAGGCGAGGGGCGAGGAUGACGAGACACUCGUGACCCUGGACACAUAUACAUGUGAUCUCCACUUCAAAGCCACCAAGGACCGCUAUGGAGGGCAGCCUCUGUUUUCAGAGAAGUUCCCCAAUCUCUGGUCUGGGGCGAGAAGCACACACGGGGUGAAAGGGGGCAAAGUCUGCUUCGAGGCGAAGGUGACACAAAACCUCCAACUCAAGGAAGGCUCCACAGAGACUCAGCUUCUCCGAGUUGGAUGGUCUGUUGAUCUCUCUCGUUCCCAGCUAGGUGAGGAUGAGUUUUCUUACGGCUACGAUGGACGAGGGCUGAAGGCUGAAAAUGGGCAGUUUGAAGAAUUCGGUCAGACCUUUGGGGAGAACGAUGUGAUCGGCUGCUUUGCCAACUUCGAAAGCGAAGAGGUGGAGCUGUCCUUCUCCAAGAACGGGGAGGACCUGGGCGUGGCUUUCCAAAUCAGCAAAGAAUUGCUGGGGGAUAAGGCCCUCCUGCCCCACGUCCUGUGCAAGAAUUGCGCCGUGGAGCUCAACUUCGGCCAGAAAGAAGAGCCCUACUUCCCGGUUCCUGAGGGUUACCUGUUCAUUCACGCCGUCCCCGUUGAGGAGCGUGUGCGCACCCCGGCACCCCCCAAAGCGCCUGCAAAAUGUGAGGUUUUGCUGAUGGUUGGGCUACCAGGAUGUGGGAAAACGUUUUGGGCCCAGAAGCACACCCAGGAGAAUCUGGACAAGCGUUUCAACAUCUUGGGGACCGACAACAUCCUGUACCAAAUGAAGACAAAAGGCCUCGUGGUUGAAGAGCCGCUGCCUAUCGAAGCUCGCGACUCGCUGCUUCAGCAAGCUGCCCGUUGCGUCAGCAAACUGGUCCAGAUCGCGCCCCGGACAAGGAGAAAUUUUAUUCUCGAUCAGUGCAACGUCUACAAUUCCGGCCAGCGGAGGAAACUCCUGCCCUUCAAAGGCUUCCUGCGCAAAGUGGUGGUGCUAGUGCCCAACGAGGAGGAUUGGGUGGACAGGCUGCAGCAGAGGGAGAAAGCCGAAGGGGAGAAUGUGCCGGAAUCGGUGAUGCUGGAAAUGAAAGCUAACUUCUCCCUUCCGGACAAAUGCGACUACAUCGACGAAGUCCUGUUUCAAGAGUUGGCGAAAGAAGAGGCCCAACCUCUGGUCACUAAAUACAAGGAAGAGGCCCGGAAGCUCCUCCCACCCUCCGAGAAACGGACGAACCGUCGCAACAACCGGAACAAACGCAACCGCCAGAAUCGUAACCGCGGCCAGGGAUACGUCGGAGGAGGUCAGCGCCGGGGUUACAACAACCGAGCCUAUGGACAACAGCAGUACUGGGGGCAGCCUGGAAACAGAGGGGGUUAUCGCAACUUCUACGACAGCUACAGAGGCAGGGAUUACAAUCGCUUCUACGGACGCGAUUACGAGUACAACAGAUACCGGGACUACUACAGGGACUACAAUCGAGAGUGGCAGAACUACUAUCAAGACAGAGACCGAUACUACAGGAAUUACUACGGAUACCAGGGGUACCGGUGAAACCCUUGGCCGCCUCCACCCUUCAGCCAAGCACCCAGGCUCAACAGAGGGAGAGAAGGAGAAGGGGAAUGUCCGCCAUUUCUCCAGAAGCAAGCAAUGAAAAUGGGAGUGGGGGGGAGGGGAAGGGGGGGG